AUGCCACUCUCGAUAACUCCAGCAAUUAAAGAAAACAAUGAGUCUCCUCUAAAAUUUCUGAAGGAAAGACAAGAAGCAAAAGAAAGUGGUAGGAAUGCAAUAAUUGCUGGCUUGCAAGAACUUCGAGAACAGCAGAAGAAUGUCAUCAUGGAACUAACGAAACUCGAGGAUGACAGGCGUGAGCACGCACGUGUUAUAGAAGUAUUAAGAAAAAUGGAAACUGAUAGAAAAUGUUAUCGAAUGGUAGGCACAACACUGGUGCAACAUCAGAUCGGUACUGUUAUACCUAUAUUGGAAGCAACAUUGAGUAAUUUAAACAACCUAACCAGAUCGAUGAAAGAUAGUUUAAUGGAAAAAGGAAAAGAACUGGAGCAGUAUACCGAAAAACACAAUAUUCAUUUUGUCAGCGAAAAAGAACUAAGCAAGCAUUCUCAAAUCAGUAUUCCAAAGAAAUGA